UAUUUCAAUUCUGUAAGCUUUGGUUACCAGGACUUAUUUUCAAAAUUUGGUCUGCUCAAAAUUAUCGUCGCUAAAGCCAUGCUUCAAUUAUUAAAUUACUCAAAAUGCACACAGCUGCCGUAUCAAUUAUUUCCAUCAAUAUUCAGUGGGAGCUUUCGGUUUAUGUGUGAUAAAACCAAGAAUCCGUGCAGUUCAACUGAAAACACAAAACCCGCUUGCAAAAACCAGCCUAAAACUGAUGCAAAAAAUGAGAAUCAAUGCAAAAAGCAGGAAACACCUGAAGUAAAUAAGGCUGCAUCUGAAUGCAAGAAGAACCUCGAAGUAAAGGCUGCACCAGAAUGCAAAAAGAAGGAGGCGCCUGAAGAAAAGACUCCUGACUGUAAAAAGAAGGAGGCACCUGAAGAAAAGAAGGCGCCACCUCAAUGCAAGAUGGCACUCGAAGUAAAGGCUGCACCUGACUGCAAAAAGAAGGAGGCAGCUGAAGGAACGAAGGCAAAACCUGACUGUAAGAAGAAGGAGGCACCUGAAAGCAAGCAGAACGAUGAAAUGGUGAUCAGAGGUGGCUCCCAAUGUAAGAAACCAACCCCACCCAAACCUCCGCUGCAAGACGCGCAAAAGGCGCUCUGCGAAAAACUGAUUCUCAAGCGCGAAGAAUUGAACAAAUCAAAAGGUUGCCAAAAAGGAAACAAGGAAUCCGGUGGCGGUUCAAAGGAUCCGUGUACCCCUUGUCCUCGACCAGCACCCUCGUUCAAGGAUUCAAAGAAGUGGAAGAAUAUCACGUUGAUGGGUGUGCUGCCAAUUGUGGCCAUUCUAACGAUUCUCGUCUUUACCACACGUGGCGAGGGAGAGAGGCCCGAGUUUAAGGCCUAUCCGCACAUGUACCAGCGUACGAAACCAUUUUUCUGGGGCGAUGGCAACCAUAGUAGAUUCCAUAAUAGUUAUUGGAAUGCCCUUCCCCCAGAUGGCUAUGAGGAUGAAAUCGACGUGGAAGCCGCUGGCAAGACACCCGAAACGGCCAAGGAACAGGAGCAGCGUCUAAAGGAAUUCAGCACUGUACACAAGGAAUGGAAAAAAAUGAAUGAUAAACGAGUGGCUGAAGCCAAGAAAGCGGCGGCAGCAGCUGAGAAAGAGGCCAAGAAGCAGCAGGCACAGGCCGAGAAGGAACAGAAAAGGCAGCAGGCCGAAGCUGAGAAAGAGGCUAAGAAGCAACAGGCCGAGGCUGAAAAGGAGAUUAAAAAGCAACAGGCCGAGGUUGACAAAGAGGCAAAGAGGCUGGCGGCCGAGGCUAAGAAGCAACAGGCUGAGGCCGAGAAAGAGGAAAAAAGGAUACGCGCCGAGUCCGAAAAGGAGCUCAAGCGUCAAGAGGAAGAGGCUAAAAAGGCUGCGCGAGCAAAAGGCUAAAAAUGUAGACAAAUUAUUGAAAACGGCAACGUCUCGUAUUAAAAUUGUGUGAAAGAUAAUUUGAAAAUAAAUCUCGAAAUUAGCUGGCAA